AUGUUGCCUGAAUUUUACCAAGGCCAGCACACACAUCACACUACCACUGAUGAUAGUGUGCUCUUGGUGAGGCCUCCAAGAAGUUGCCUGACCACACAAGCACAAAGCAAGCACUAUCACCAAAAGGAUCAGAGAAGAAACUGAUAUCACUAUCUGAUCAGUGUAGCAUUGCAGCCUCUCUUCUUGGUAGGAGUGAGCUAGCACAGUGAAGAGCUAAUUAAGCCAUUUGUGUGAGCUUGCGUUGAGUGAGCUCUGAGCUAAUAUGGAUGUUGAGUCAAGGCAAGGCCCCAAGGGUGGUGACACCAUGGCUGCCUCCGAGGUCUCCGUGGACUGGAGGGGCAGGCCUUGCGGCUCUCGCAAGCAUGGCGGCAUGAAAGCGGCCGUCUUUGUGCUAGGGAUCCAGGCGUUCGAGAUGAUGGCGAUCGCGGCGGUGGGGAACAACCUGAUCACCUACGUCUUCAACGAGAUGCACUACCCGCUGUCAAAGUCGGCCAACAUCGUGACCAACUUCAUUGGCACCGUCUUCCUCCUCUCCCUCCUCGGUGGCUUCCUCUCCGACUCCUACCUCGGAAGCUUCUGGACCAUGCUCAUCUUCGGCUUCGUCGAGCUCUCCGGGUUCAUACUGCUGGCCGUGCAGGCGCACCUGCCGCAGCUGCGGCCGCCGGCGUGCGACAUGAUGGCGGCGGCGGCGGCGGAGGGGGGAUGCGAGGAGGCGAGCGGGGUGAAGGCGGGGAUCUUCUUCGCGGCGCUGUACCUGGUGGCGCUGGGGAGCGGGUGCCUCAAGCCCAACAUCAUCGCGCACGGCGCCGACCAGUUCCGGCGCGGCGGCGGCGGCGGCGGCGACGGCGAUGGCGACGAUGGCGGCGACGGGAAGCGGCUGUCGAGCUACUUCAACGCGGCCUACUUCAGCUUCUGCGUGGGGGAGCUGGUGGCGCUGACGGUGCUGGUGUGGGUGCAGACGAGGUCGGGGAUGGACGUGGGGUUCGGGGUGUCGGCGGCCGCCAUGGCCGUGGGGCUGGUCAGCCUCGUCGCCGGCGUCUUCUUCUACCGGAACAAGCCGCCGCAGGGCAGCAUCUUCAUGCCCAUCGCCAAGGUUUUCGUCGCGGCGGUAACCAAGAGGAAACAAGUGUGCCCAUCAUCAUCGUCGACGACAGCCGCCUCGCAUGCUGUGAUCCCCGCCACCGGUGCCGCCCCUGUCCACCGCAUCAACAAAUUCAGGUUCUUGGACAAGGCGUGCGUGAAGGUUCAGGACGGCCAUGGCGGCGGCGGCGACGGGGGGAAGGAGAGCGUGUGGCCGCCGUGCACGCCGGCGGAGGUGGAGCAGGUGAAGGUGCUACUGUGCGUGGUGCCCAUCUUCGCGUGCACCAUCGUCUUCAACACCAUCCUGGCGCAGCUGCAGACGUUCUCCGUGCAGCAGGGCUCCGCCAUGGACACCCGCAUCGGCGGCGGCGGCGGCGGCGCCGCCUUCCACAUCCCGCCGGCGUCGCUGCAGGCCAUCCCCUACCUCGUCCUCAUCGCGCUGGUGCCGGCGUACGAGGCGUGCUUCGUGCCGGCCAUGCGCCGCGCCACGGGCGUGGACACCGGCAUCACCCCGCUCCAGCGGAUCGGGGUCGGCCUCUUCGCCGUCACCUUCUCCAUGGUCGCCGCCGCGCUCGUCGAGGCACACCGCCGCCGCCACGCCGGCGACGGGCUCCUCUCCAUCUUCUGGAUCGCGCCGCAGUUCCUGGUGUUCGGCGUGUCCGAGAUGUUCACCGCCGUGGGGCUCAUCGAGUUCUUCUACAAGCAGUCGCUCUCCGGCAUGCAGGCCUUCCUCACCUCAAUGACCUACUGCUCCUACUCCUUCGGCUUCUACCUCAGCUCCCUCCUCGUCUCGCUCGUCAACAAGGUCACCUCGGGCGACGGCGCCGGCGCCGGCGGCGGCGGCUGGCUCAGCGACAACGACCUCAACAAGGACAGGCUCGACCUCUUCUACUGGCUCCUCGCCGGGCUCAGCCUCCUCAACUUCUUCAACUACCUCUUCUGGUCGAGGUGGUACUCCAAGAGUGUGGAGACGACCGUGCAGGUCGCCGGAGUUGGAGGAGAAGGCGGCGGCGGCGAGCAGCAGGAGGAGAAGGGUGUUGACGAGGUCAACAUGGGUCACUGACAUGUGGGUUCGAACCGCACGUCUAGUAUAUUAGGUGGAUUAUUAAUCAUUUAACCUAGUCUUAACCUUUUUUUUAUGGUUUUUCCUUGUAUGGAAAAAUAUUAGUAAGGGUGGAUGUAUAUGAGUCCCCACCUAAUUAAGGAGAGUGUGUGUGAUGUAUAAAUUAAUUAAUCAAAAGGGAUUAGGUGAUUAUUACUUAGUAAUGAUCCCUGAUUAGGUCAAGUCAAAAGGUAGUAGUUCUGAGUUUGACUCUGCAAGGAUGCAAGAGUAGUGGUAUUUGGGUAGGGAUCAAGUGAUCAAGUACGUAUCUAGUCCUUUUCUUUAAUGAUAAGGAGCUAGUAUAUAUCUAUGUACUUUAUAUAUGUAGCUAUCAUGUAAAUGACAAAAGGAUUUGCCAUAAAAGCAAAGUACUGAUAAUAGUUGGUGCAAAAAAUACUUUCACUGUUGAUCAA